GUGUCGGCAUGGCUACACCGGCCCCGUGAAUGUGCGAGUGUGGCUCUCAGUGUAUCGUGUAUCGUGGAAGAUGACAGUUACUAACUUCGGGAUGAUGCGCCCCUGCUUCACCGGAUAUCCAUUCCAAGGACAAUCCGGGCCGCCUCACAAGCCCACCGAAGAAUUUAACCUUUCCGGCGCCGGCCAGGGUCGUGUCAACCAACUCGGCGGAGUGUUCAUCAAUGGGCGACCACUGCCCAACCACAUCCGCCUGAAGAUCGUGGAGAUGGCUGCCUCCGGGAUCCGACCCUGUGUGAUCUCACGACAGCUGCGGGUGUCUCACGGGUGUGUUUCCAAGAUACUCAACCGCUACCAGGAGACCGGCAGUAUCCGCCCGGGGGUGAUCGGGGGCAGCAAGCCACGGGUAGCCACCCCUGACGUGGAGCGCCGUAUAGAAGAGUACAAGGGGGAGAACCCGGGUAUCUUCAGUUGGGAGAUACGAGAUCGUCUCAUCAAGGAGGGUCUGUGCGACCGUAGUUCUGCUCCUUCAGUCAGUGCCAUCUCUAGGCUACUACGGGGACAUGACGGCGACGAGAAUUCCUCCGACAAGAAGCUCAUUGACGGUGUGAGGAUACAAGUUCUGACGAAGGAGACAUGA